AUGACCGACAAUCUGCUACCAAUUGUUCAGAAAGACUCACAUUUGCAUGUGUGCUCUGCAGAUCUAGUGCAACUGCGCCGAGAUAAGGCGACUUCUUCCGACCGGCUUGACUACAUAAUGGCCCUACGCCACGCUACACCUGCCCUUGGCGGCGAUGAGAUCUCCAUCAUGACGUAUUGCAGAUCUUUCAGCAUCGAUAUCGUGAAGUUUUGA